AACUAACCACACACCUCUGAUGUCAGCCGCCAAAAGUGGUAGUGCAACAGUCGUUAAGGCCAUUCUUGAGAAAAGAGGAGAUCCGAAUAUCAAGGACUGGAAGCGAAACAGAGCUGCCCACUUUGCCGCUGCCUACGGUCAUUUCGAGGUUCUGGCGGCCUUGGCUGGUUACGACGCCGAUUUCGAUUGUGCAAAUGUUGAAGGAAAUACCGCGCUCCACCUAGCGGCAAGAGGAAACUUUACCUUGUGCUGCCGAUUCUUGGCUCAGAGAGGUUGUAACGGCAAGCACAAGAAUUCAGAAGGAUGCACAGCUCGCAUGGUGGCCAAAGAGUUCGGAAACAAACAAGCAGCAAAAGAAUGUAAGAAAGGCGAAAAAUUACAUGGUAAAAGCGGAAAAGGUUUCGAAAAAUUUAUUAUAAAAUUCCACGACUGGGUUUAUGUUAACAUGGAAAAAGUAAAAGCCGCUUUAGUCAAGUACGAUACCCAUAAAAAUGGGGUUAUACCGGCAGUCUACUUAAAAAGAGUGUUGUUGUCCUUAGAAGCGCCCAUUUCUUACGAAAAUUUAGAAUUAAUUAGCAAACCGUUUGAGAAAGCUGGAUCUAUUAACGCGAAGGAUUUCCUGGUCGGUAAGAAAUACCUGAAAAAGACUUUCCAACAAUCGUCUUACCUUCCGAAAGAAAAGAAACCCAAAAGGGAGCGUCCUGCUAAAGCGGGGAAAUUCAAACUUCCCAUGGCCAUAUGCACGAAUCCGAGCCCAAGACCGACACCGAACAAGCAGGCACCGAUUGAUUAUAUUCAAUAUAUUUCUUGUGUAACAGAUACAAACCGGUUCGAUCGCGACUUGCCACCAAAUCAUCCGAUGCAAGAUGAUUCGUUUUGGUACGUCCAAGUGCCGGACAUCAGUUACAUCAAUAUCAAUGAAGCUGUUCGAUGCAACGACGAGAAGUCACUGAAAACCGCCUUCGAGCAAGGCACCCCGGUCGACACGAAAGACAAAUAUUUCAAAACGCCCUUGAUGGUUGCUGCUUCGCAAGGAAACGUUGAUCUGGUUAAAAUGCUUCUUGAAAAACGUGCCAGUGUCAACACCAUAGACAACUUCAAGUGGACGCCGCUUCAUCACGCGUGUCACGGGGGUCAGUUAGAAGUGGUCAAGGUCAUCGUCGAACGCGGAGCAGACAUCAACGCCCGAGCAUUGAACGGUGGAACGCCACUGACCAGAGCCAUUGAGAGUUCCGCUUUCGACGUGGUUCAAUACCUUAUUGAAAAGGGUGCCAAACUCACGACGGAAACACGUAAAGGUCUCACUCCUCUUGACAUAGCAACGUCAUUCGCUGAUCCGAGAGUGAUCAAUGCUGUAAUAGCCAAAUGGACGCCACCUUAUGAUAAAUUCAAGAAACCAGCAAAAGCGAAGAAACUUAAGGGUCCUGGCGAUGGCAGGGGAGCCGAUUCAAGGGAAUCACCUGAGGAUAUGGCAUACUUCCAGAAGAGCAGAAUCACCGUCUACCAAUUGGCAGAGUCUAUUUUGGACAACAAGGUGGAACCCGAAGACAUUUCAUACUCCCCACCCAGACCUUGGAUCCAGAUGCCAAACACAGAACAGCAAAUGGCAAGGAAAGGAGCUCUUCGAGAACAGUUCGGUUGGAAAGUCGACUUCCCAGAUUUCCUUAUGCCGUUCAGAAAAAACGUUUCGGAGCAGGGGCCAAAGACUUAGUUCAGUAUUUAUUUAUAUUUCGUUAAAAGAAGAGAAAAUUGAGAUCAGAGGAGAAAUAAAUUUUUUAUGCAAAAACCA